AUGUCUACUCAAGAUGCAACCAAUUUGAUGAGAGCAGAGGCUGAGCUCGUCUUGAAUGAAGCCAGAAAAGUGAAAGCAGAGCAAACGAAGGACCUCGGUUCACCGAUAAAGCUCGUCGGAAAAGCUUUAGAUAUGCGCGUUCGUGGCAACGAUGUUUGGAUAGCUGAGAACGCGCACGUUGCCAAAAGAAUAAGUUUGGAGACGGGAAAAGUUCUGCAGCUUUACCAGGGACAUACAGCUCCCGUUACCUGCCUGGAGUUUUGCGACAAGACGCCUCGAUCAGGCGAUCAGAAAGUGCUCAUCACAGGUUCUUGGGAUAAAACCAUCAAGCUAUGGGACACUGAAACCAAAGAAAUUCUAUCUUCGACGUCUGCACACGACGAUUUCGUAAAGACUCUCUUCGUCUUGCCCGAGGCCAACCUUCUUGUAUCCGGCAGUUCAGACAAGAUCGUGAGAUUCUGGGACUUGUCUGACAUAACAAAAGGAAAACCACUUUCAUCCAUGGGGUCUAUUACUUCGCAUACACGACCAGUUGAAUCCAUCGAUGGGAUUGUCGGAUCAGAUGGCUCAGUUACUCUAUUCACUGCGGAUACUAUGGGUAUCAUUAAGAUUUGGAACCUAGAGAAAGAAUCUGGGGGUGCGCCGAGGUGGAGGAGUACAUUAAAAGAAGAGCUCAGUCAUCACCGGACUCGAGUAAAUGAGCUGCUGUAUGGCAAUGAACAAUUAUGGACAGCAUCAUCCGACGAAACUGUCCAAAUUGUUCCAUAUAGCGUAUCACAAACGGAAAAUCUCAAAGCGUUUCCUGCUAUAGCCCACCCUGUGGCAGUUAGGGCGGUUCUCCCUUUGUCAUUGACUGGUCUUGGGGAACCGUACGUAGUCACAGGAUUUGGAGACAUCAUUCGACUGUACGACGUCUCUACAUUAGAAGAACCAGAGAUCCUUGGGGAAAUAGACGCACACUGGCAUGACGUAACAGCACUUAGGCUCUGGAUGCGUACAAACAAGGGCGAGGAUGGAAAGACAAGAAUAGAACCAUGGAUUGUAAGUACAAGUUUGGACGGUACGAUUCGCAAAUGGAGAUUCAGUGAGCUCCUCAAUUCGAAACCCGAAAAUCCCGCUGGUCGUACCCAGCCUGUCGUCCUAGCCCCUGUCCCCCAACCCAAAGCAAGUAGGACGGAACGAGAUAUCUCUGAAGAGGAAGAGCGUGAACUGGCUGAGCUCAUGGGAUCAGACUCGGAUUGA